GUAACGGAAGGCUUUUAUUUUGAAAUGUAUGGUCAUGACCGCAUAUAGCACGAGUACGUGCUAAUCAAUUCAGAGUGAAAUGAGACCCAGAUGCAAACGGUUGUGGCCUCGAAGGUUUACGGUUUACCAAGGCUUAGUUCCUGGUUUAAGUGGAGAACAAGCUCUUACGGUGAUCUUCAAUAAUCUCACGGUAUUUAUGAUGAGCAUUGAAUAAAGCUUGAGGAUCAUCAGUUGAAGAGUCAGUAUUUAUUAAACUAAGGAGCUACAGUAAGAGCUUAUCCAUCGUCGACCCGCGGUGCUGCUUAAAGAGACUCCAUGGUUGGUGAAGGAAACUUUUAAUGCCAGCGUGCUCGUUUGAAACAACGUGACUGACUGUUCUCUUAACGCCACAAGAUUAAAGCGAACUCUCAGCGAAUGAUUACGGGCAGCAAAUGGAUCGACUUAAUGGACUAUUUAAAGGAAGAGAACUGUUACAAGUGUUUGGUGGAUCGCAGUGAGUACCAAAGACAUAAAGUUAACUUUCAAGGGACAGUCGUCUUCGGUUGUUACGCGUGAUUUAAAGAGUAACGGACAUUGCUUGCGCUUACAAUUUGCAUAUUAAUGAACUAACGUUGAAGUGUAUUGAACGAACCAAUUUGUAUUGAAUGAAUCAAUUUCACUUUCAAGAGUUAAUGUCUCAGAAUAUGUGGUUAAGUGUGUUUGCUGAGCACAUGUUAUGUAUUAACUUUGUGAAUGAUGUUAUGUGAUUUUAGUGAAUUAUAAAUGUAAGAGAAAUGUCAAAAUCAGAUGCAGGUUUAAAAGAGGUAAAUAAGCAAGUUGAUAGUCAACAUAUGGAGACUCAAAGUGAAAGUGCACGCCGCUCAAAGCGUACUCAUGUUCCAACUGAAAAAAUGUUAGCCUAUCAGCAAGAAGAGUGGCAAAAAAGGGAGAAAAAAAUUGUAUCUUUAUAUGAUCAAUGGAAAAUAGAAGCCCGUAGUGCACGUGAGCGUCUUAAAUUAGAUGCAUCAGAUACUCAGGUGGCUAUUUUAAUUGAUACAUUGGAAAUGGCUAAAAGUAAGGUCCUUGGUGCUUAUGAUGAAUAUAGGCAACGUGUAUCUCCUACUGUUGAGAUGAGAAGGAAAAUGGAUGCAUGUGUAGCAGUCACAGCUGAUAUCAUUAAAAUCGCUAAUGAAAGAAUAACAGGUAUAGAUGGAGAUUUUGAUUCAGAUAAAGAGAAGAGACGUCUUCGUACUUUAUUAGAUCAUCAAUAUGCCCGUUCAAUCUUUGGUUCAACUGCUUCACAAGUUAGCCAAGAAGCUAGUAACGCUAGUCAUUGCUCUGUUACAUCAAGCUUAGAAGCCAAGCGUAUAGAUGCUGCAGCGGAAGUAGCAGCUAAACAGGCUGCAUAUAAUGUUCUGCUGGAAGAGUCAAAGCAAAAGGAAAAAAUAGAGCAGCUAGAAGAACAGCAUAAAAGGGCUCUUGAAGUAGAGUUAAAGGAAUUAGAGCGAAUUCAUGCGCAAAAGGAUCUGAAAGCAGCUCAAGCUAAACUGGAAGUAUACAGUCAAGAAGUUGAGAAAGAAAAGGCUAUCUUAUCCAGAGAUUGCACUAGUGCAGAAGGGUCAGAAUCAGAGUUUUCUGAAAUAAAUGUGAAAAAGAAGCAAGAAAACCAUCAACAUCUGCACCAUGCAACUGCAAAGCCGUCAGUUAAAGCACCAGUGACUGAUAUUCACCUUCUUGUUAAAGCAUUUCAAGAUGGCAUGACUAUGAGCAAACUGCCAGUUCCAGAGCCUCCUGUUUUUACAGGUGACCCCAUUCAAUUUAUUGAGUUUAAGCAAUCCUUUAUGGCACUUAUUGAUCAGAAGAGCCUUUCGUCUGCUGAUAAAAUGUUUUAUUUGAAAAAGUAUGUCAGUGGUUCAGCCAGAAAAGCCUUGGAAGGCACUUUCUUCAGAGCAGAUGAUGUGGCCUAUCAAGAUGCCUGGUGUAAAUUAAAUGAACGUUACGGUCAGCCGUUUCUUAUUCAAAAGGCUUUUAGAGAAAAGCUAACAAACUGGCCUCGAAUUCAUCCAAAGGAUGCCAUGGGACUUCAAGCCUUCUCUGACUUUCUGAAUGCAUGCCAGGAUGCAAUGCCUCAUGUAAAAGGUCUCAAAAUUUUGAAUAACUAUCAAGAGAACCAAAAACUUGUGCAAAAAUUACCUGACUGGGCUAUUGGUAGAUGGAAUCGCCAAGUUACACAAUCCCUUAUUGAUAAACAUGAGUAUCCUACUUUCAGAGAGUUUGUUAUGUUUGUAUCAGCUGAAGCAGAGGUCGUUUGCAAUCCAGUUACCUCCUUUCAUGCUCUUCAUAAUGCAGAACUUGCUGUUGAAAAGGUAAAUUUAAAAGAGACCAAGAGAAGCAGAGGUCGAGUUCUUUCUACUCAAUCAAGUGUACAAAGUCAAGUUGAGGUUAAGUCCAUGAACAAAGUGCCAUGUAUAUUCUGCCAAAAGAGUAACCAUCAACUUAACAACUGUUACAGUUUUCUUAGUGAACCGCUGGAAGAGCGACGAAGAUACAUUCAAGAGAAGCGUCUUUGCUAUGGAUGUCUGAAGUUUGGUCACAGUGCAAAGGAGUGUCGUUCCCGUUUGGUUUGUAACACCUGUAAAAGGAAGCAUCCAACCAGUUUGCAUGAUAACAACUUUGUAAAAAUUUUGAAAACUUCAUCUUCUGCAGUUCAGACCCAAAGUGAUCCUGGUGGUACAAUGAAUGCAGUGGCUUUGAGCGUAGCUGGAGAAGAGCGCAACGUGUAUACCUCCAUGAUUGUUCCUGUCUGGGUGUCUGCAAAGCAAAAUCCAAGCUAUGAAAGAUUGGUAUAUGCAUUGUUGGAUUCUCAGAGUGAUACCACAUUUAUUGAUAAAGGUGUGAGUGACGAUUUACAAGCGACAACGUUCCCAGUAAGAUUGAAACUUACAACCAUGCUUGGGAAAGAUGCAGUGCUUCAAAGUGAGAGAGUGUCAGGACUUCAGGUGAGAGCAUACAAGUCAAGUAAUUAUAUCGAUCUGCCCCCUGCCUAUACUAAAGAUUGCAUACCAGCUAAUCGUAGCCAUAUUCCUACUCAUGAAGAUGCUGAAAAAUGGAAUCAUCUUGCAGUUAUUGCAGAAGAAGUACCUCCUUUACAGGACUGUGAUGUCGGCCUGUUAAUAGGUUAUAAUUGUUCAAGGUCAAUGGCUCCCAGAGAAGUGCUGAUAGGAGGGGAUGAUGAGCCCUACGCUAUUAGAACAGAUCUAGGAUGGAGUAUAGUGGGUCGUUCUUUACCGCAUCCUGACUUAUCUGAUGUCAGUAGACUGUGUCACCGUACGACAGUUAAGGAGCUUCCUCCUAUCACACCAACCAAUGUACUACGGAUCUUAGAAAGUGAUUUUAAACAUCUUGAGGAAGAAAUCACAAAGGUAUCGCAGGAUGACAUUCUUUUCCUUGAGAAACUAAAACAAGGUAUACAAAGAAAUGUUCAUGGUCAUUACCAAAUGCCACUUCCCUUUAGGCUAAGACCUAAUUUGCCAAAUAACAAACGACAUGCGAUGAUCAGGCUUGAGCACCUCAAAAGAAAGAUGAUGAAAGAUGAGUCCUAUAAGAGACAUUACAGUGAGUUCAUGAGUGAAAUUCUUCAGAGAGGAGAUGCUGAGGAAGUACAUGAUGAUGGUAAGGAAGGAGAAACAUGGUACUUACCACAUCAUGGUGUUUUUCAUCCAAAGAAGGCAGACAAACUGCGCAUAGUGUUUGAUUGCUCUGCAACAUACGAGUGCUGCUCCUUAAACGAUCAUUUACUUCGGGGCCCUGAUCUGAUAAAUAGUCUACAUGGCAUCUUGAUUAGAUUCCGUCAACAUCCCAUUGCACUUAUGUGUGACAUAGAGAAAAUGUACCAUCAGUUCCAUGUAGAUGAAACUGACAGAGAUUUCUUGCGCUUCCUUUGGUGGAAGAAUGGAAACAUCAACCAACCAGCUUGUGAGUUUCGCAUGAAAGUCCAUCUAUUUGGUGCUGCUUCAUCCUCAGGAUGCGCAAACUAUGGCUUAAAACAUCUUGCAGCUGAAAACAGUAAGUUAUAUCCAUUAGGCUCUCAGUUCAUACUUAAAAACUUCUAUGUUGAUGAAGGAGUAAUCAGUGUAGCUGACGCAGACCAGGCCAUCAAGAUUGCCAAUGAGGCUCGAAAACUCUGUGCUAUAGGUGGCUUAAGGCUACACAAGUUUGUAUCAAACAAUGAAACUGUGUUGGAAAGUAUCCCUGUAUCAGAAAGGACCACUGAUGUGAAAGCCCUUGACCUUGCAUUUGAUGAACUGCCUUUAGAAAGAACACUUGGUAUGCAAUGGGAGAGAGAAUCCGACUGCUUUAAGUUCAAAGUUCAGCUGAAAAAUCAACCUGCCUCUCGCCGUGGCAUAUUGUCUACGGUUGCCUCUGUUUAUGAUCCCUUAGGACUUAUAGCACCUGUGCUCUUGAGUGGAAAGAAAAUAUUGCAGGAAGUGUGUAAGCGUGGCAGUGGAUGGGAUGAUCCUUUAUCAGAUGAAUUCUGCCUAAGGUGGGAGCGAUGGAAACGAGACUUGAAUGAUCUGCAGAAAGUAAAUGUGCCACGGACUUAUGCACCGACUGACUUUGGGAAUCCUGUCGAAGCUGAAUUACAUCAUUUUUCUGACGCCAGUACUUACGGAUACGGUCAGUGUUCUUACUUGAGGCUUAAGAAUAAGGAAGGAAACGUUCAUUGUGCUAUAGUGAUGGCGAAGUCAAGAGUUGCACCUCUUAAACCUAUAACAGUUCCAAGAUUGGAGUUGGCAGCUGCAGUGGUUUCUGUUGGAAUGAGCAGUGUUCUCAAGACUGAGUUGGAUUACACAUUUGUCAAAGAAAUUUUCUGGACGGAUUCCAAAGUAGUGUUGGGAUACAUAAGCAAUGAAGCACGUAGAUUCCACACUUUUGUUGCAAAUCGAGUGCAAAGAAUACGUCACAAUACAACUGUUGAGCAGUGGAGAUACGUUCCAACGAAAGAAAACCCUGCCGACCAUGCAUCCAGGGGUCUGACCGUGAAGGAACUUCUUGCCUCAAACUGGUUUACAGGUCCAAAAUUUUUGUGGGAGAAGGAGAUGAUUGUACCAGCAGAACCUGUUCCUGAGCUUUUAUUUGGGGAUCCAGAAUCAGAGGUAUAG